UGCACAGGUUGAUGUGUCUUGUAAAGGCUUCUGAUAAAUUUGCACUUUAUACACAUAACUCUGACUAAAAAGCAGUUGAUCUGGCUGGACAGGCCAUGUGGCUGAACCCACAUCCAGUGCAGAUGGUGAUGGAGGACUGCAGCUGCUGCGGUUGUGCUGCUGACUUGCUUUUUUCUCUAAAAACCAGAUCUUGACUCUGCGGUUGACUGCGAAUAUGUAAUGUUUCUUAAGUAGGGCACGCAGUGUUACUUUGGGUGGGCCAAUCAAGGUAAGUCUUGUGUCUAAAGAGUGGAGAAAGGACCAGUGUUCUUUUCAUUUCACACGGCAAUUUGAACACGAUGACAUCUCCAUUGUUUGUCCUCUCUCUGACAUGUUUGUUGUGGGGAAAAAUAGCUCAGACAUCUGUGCCUCAGGAGAGUGGCUUUGUGUCAACUAAAAGUGGGGACAACUUGACUUUGAAAUGUUUCUAUGAAGGUGAUGUUGCUGCAAGGUAUUACUGGUAUAAACAAGGUCUGGGACAAAAACCAAGGCUCAUCUCUACCUUCUACUUGUACGAAACUAAUGGAACUUUUUAUAAUGAAUUCAGGAACAAUCCACGCUUCACACUGGACACUAAAAAUGGUAAAAAUCAUUUGCAGAUCACAGAUUUACGUAUUUCAGAUUCAGCUACUUACUACUGCAUAAGUUGCUUUUUAUACACGUUAGAAAUUUCAGAGACUGUUAUUGUCAGUGUAAAGGAUUCAGGUAUGCACAGCCAAGCUUGGGUCCAUCAGUCAGAAUCUGAGACCAUCCAGCCAGGAGGCUCUGUGACUCUCAACUGUACAGUACACACUGGGACCUGUGAUGGAGAACACAGUGUUUACUGGUUCAAAAGCUCUGAAGAAUCUCAUCCAGGACUCAUUUACACCCAUGGAGACAGGAAUGAUCAGUGUGAGAGGAAACCCAACACACAAACACACACCUGUGUCUACAACUUGCCAAUGAAGAGCCUGAAUCUUUCUCAUGCUGGGACCUACUACUGUGCUGCUGCCUCAUGUGGACACAUACUGUUUGGAAAUGGAACCAAGCUGGACAUUGAGGAUAAAGCUGACUUGGUGUAUUUCUGGCAUGGAGUUUCAGCAUUCACCACCAUCCUCAGUGUUUUACUGGCUUUCUCACUGUGCAUGGUGGCUAAGAGAAGCAGCUGCCAAUCUACAGAGUCACAACCAAGAUGUACUGCUCCCUACACCACAAACACAAAGGGUUACCAGAAUGCAGAACAGCUCUAUUACGCUACGUUAAGUGUUAAGCUGAGCAACAGAUCAAGACGACAGAGGGAUCAAACCUGGAGUGAAUGUGUGUACUACAGCGUAAAGCAGUAAAACCAGACACGUCACAUUUUUACUUUCUGAGUGAAACAGGAGUUUCCAUAAUAUAUAUACUCUUUUGUGUCCAUGUGGUUUGAAGCAGGAUAUCUACGCAAUGUUGCUUUGUUUUUGUUUUUUUAAAAUAAACUAUGUAUCUAUAAUUAUAGGUUUAAUGAUUUUUGUGAUUAGUAUAUUAUACAUAACCAGUAUAUUUGUACUUUUUGUGUUUAUCCUAAUUGACCUUCAACUACUUCAUGCAAACUAUGUGUUUUUGUAUGAAUUUUAUGUCAUUAAUGAUCAAAUAAACAUUAAACUGUUUGAAACAA